UUAUUUUCAAUCACCGUUCUAGCAAAUGGCAAGCGGAUAUUGCUACACAUCAGACUUAACCAAUUUAACAAAGCACCUCUCCGAGAAGCAUUCCGUGGCACCUUCCGCUAUAAUGUUCAGCGUUGGUGUCGGUGGAAACGUUUUAGCGAUAUCCUUGUUGAUAAAACAUUCGAACACUCACCGUUGGAAUGUGUUCUAUCGUCUCGUGGCAGGACUUAUUGUCACCGAUCUUUUCGGAGUUUUGUCGAGCUCACCUCUUGCCUUUGUGGUUUACAGUAACAAGUUCCGGUGGGUUGGUGGACAACCUGCUUGUGACUAUAUGUCAUUUGUUUUAAUCUUUUUCAGUGUAUCUCCCAUGCUCAUCGCGACAGCUAUGUCCCUAGACAGAUUUUUGGCAGUGUGGUUUCCAUUUAUGUAUAAAACUAUGGAAAAGAAGAGACGUGUUCAUGUUAUUCUUGCCUUUCUUUGGAUAUUUGCUUUCCUCAUUUCAAGCCUUCCCCUCGUUGGUCUUGGGCACAACAUUCGUCAUUUUCCAUGUACCUGGUGCUUUUUUGAUUAUUUCGGUACAACAUCGACAGAUAUUGCAUUCUCGAUUAUUUUUGCAUCUCUCGGACUUUUAGUCAUUGUGACAUCUAGUUUGAUCAACAUUUUAGUUCUGAUUAAAAUAGUUAAAGAGGCUAAUGGUGUGAAUAGAGGUAUAAGCAUCAGGAGCAGGAAAGGUCAAAAGAGAGCCAGGAGGAAUGAGAUUUUCAUAAUGACUUUCAUCAUCGCUAUUUUACUGGCAUUCGUCGUAUGCUGGAUGCCAUUAAUGAUAAGAAUCCUGGCAAAUGUGUCAAAGAAACAGGUUCCCGAUUAUACAUCCGACCUUCUAGCAAUUCGAUUCGCCUCCUGGAACCAAAUUCUUGAUCCCUGGAUCUAUAUUUUACUGCGGAAGGAGAUGCUGACGAGGUUGUACAAGGUGUACAGGAGACUGUUUACCGACACGGACGUGUCAGAAUUUUCUCUAAAUGUAGAUAAGGCGUACGUUAAUGACAACGCCGACAUUUCUGAAGUCUGUCAAAGGACGAACAAUCUGAAUAAUUCAAUAACAAAAGAAGAGUAUUUAGACACCGGUGUCCGGCAACGUCCGUUAGAACAGGAAAUGAAUUUGUUACUGUGCAAUUCAAACAGGCAACCCUAUAACGGUGAUAAAACAGGAAAUAUUCUUGAGCAUCGUUGA